CCGGCCGGGUCCUGCCUGCUGCUGCUGCUGGGAUGCUGCUGCCCCGGGCGAGUGGUGCUGCGGGCCGGGCCUCGCCGCCGCUGGCCGCCCUGUCCCAGGUGCUGCGGCUGGAGCGGAGCCGCCGCACCGCGAUCGUGUUCCCGCUGCAGAAGCUGGAGCGGUACCUGGCGCCCGGCACCGACACGGCGCCGUUCCGCCUCUUCCAGCCCGGGCUGCCCGCCCUGCAGCGCGCCGAGGCGCUCUUCAGGUCCGACCGCGGACACCCCAUCGACUAUGUGAGCUCCGCCGUGCGCAUGGACCAUGCCCCGCCGCCGGCCCUGCCCGAGGUGUGUUUCAUCGGCCGAAGCAAUGUAGGGAAAUCAUCUUUAAUCCGGGCCUUGUUUUCACUGGCUCCAGAAGUGGAAGUUAGAGUGUCAAAAACUCCGGGCCACACCAAGAAGAUGAAUUUCUUCAAAGUAGGGAAGUACUUUACUCUGGUGGAUAUGCCAGGAUACGGCUAUCGCGCCCCGCAGGACUUUGUUGAGAUGGUGGAGGCCUAUCUGCAGGAACGGCACAACUUGAAGAGGACUUUCCUAUUAGUUGAUGGUGUAGUUGGACUCCAGAAAACAGAUCAUAUUGCAGUAGAGAUGCUGGAAGAGUUUGGGAUUCCUUAUGUGAUGGUGUUAACAAAAAUUGAUCGAGCAUCCAGGGGAUUAUUGUUAAAGAAUGUACUGGAGAUCCAGGAGUUUGUAAAGGACAACACACAGGGAUGCUUUCCUCAGCUGUUCCUGGUCAGUGCUGUGGAGUUCUCAGGGGUUCACUUGCUCAGGGGUUUUGUAGCCCAUGUUACUGGAAACCUGCCCACUGUAGAGGCCAGCUGAAAAGACCUGCUGAUGUGCUCGGCUUAUCAGGAACAAAAGUAGGUGCAGCAGGACAGCAUGCCUUGCUUGCAGACAUUGAGUUGUCCCUGUUCCACAAGGAUGAAGGAAAGAACACAUCUUUUAUGGGAUCUGCUUUUCCAGGAGUGUUGGCUUGAAACAGAGUGGAAUAAAAGACUGACAUCUAGAGGAGCCCUAUCCUGCACACUGUCAUGAGUCAGUGCUGCACCUACCUUCUGCUUUGAGAUCCAGCAUGAAUUUCUGUGGCUCCACGUGGAUGAAAUGCCAGAUCUGAGGCACACCAUCCAUGAUCUGUAUCAGCUCUACCCUGGCAGCUGAAGCACAACACAUGUGUCCUGUACACUUUAGGGGAACUGCUUCCCUCAGCAGCUGUGUCUGUCUAAGAGCACUUGAAACUGUCCAGUUAAAAGGCAGAACUGGGAAAAGGACAGCCAUCAAUAGCAGCACUCGUACAGGAGAACUGAGUGUGAAGCUAUGAAGUGCCUGUGUCAAACCCUGGCACUCAAUCUUUGCCAGGUCUUAAUGUGGCCAAGUGUGGUUAUGCAGUUGUCAGUUACUUGCAUUAAGUGUUUAAACCUCAAGAAAGAAAAGUUCUUUUCUAAAUCACUCUGACAGUGCAAAAGGACUAGAAAUACCACUUUCUUUCACUAUGCAAUUUCUUGUAACACACUAGACAUGAGACAAGAUCUGUUUUCAGCAUACAUAUAGGAACAGGAGCAUGUGAUGAAUGCAGUAAAUGUGGCUCUCUAGCUUCUGCAUCUUAGUGAUCAAACCUGUAAUUCUGUUAA